CCCGCUGCCGCCCCUUCCCGGGCCUCCUAACAGCCUGCAGCCGGCGGCGGCCCUCAGCCGCCGGGACCCGGGCUCCGGCGCCCAGAGUCAUGAACCGCAGCAGCACGAGCAGCGCGGCCGAGAAGGCGCCCACAGCCGUGCUCUGGGGCUGUGAGCUAAACCAGGACAGGCGGACUUGGACCGUCAGACCGCAGAAGGAAGGGAAGCAGGACUGUAAGCUGUUGCUCAGUACGAUUUGCUUGGGGGAGAAAGCCAAAGAAGAGAUGAAUCUCGUGGAAAUCCUGCCCGCAGCCGGCCAGGAAGACAAGAAGACCAAGCCCGUCACCAUCGCCUCUCUCCAGGCGUCGGUGCUGCCCAUGGUCAUGAUGGGAUUGGAGCUUUCUCCUCCAGUCACUUUCCAGCUCCGGGCUGGCUCUGGACCUGUGUUCCUCAGUGGCCAGGAAUGUUAUGACACUUCAGACCCAUCCUGGGAGGAGGAGGAGGAGGAGGACGUGGAGGAGGAGGAAGAGGAGGAAGAUGACAGCGAUGACGACGACGAUGAUGAUGUCGAUGUAGAUGUGUCCCUAGAGGAGGAGACCCCUAUUAAACAAGUCAAGAGGCUGGCAUCCCAUAAGCACACAGGCACUGCCAAGAAAAAAAAGGUGGAAAAAGAAGAGGAGGCAGUGAGACCCAGCAUUAAAGACAAGAGUCCUGUGAAAAAGGCCAAACUCACACCCAAACCUAAAAAGCCGGGGUCCAAGAAAUGAGGAGCCAGGAGUGGCCUGCUGUCAUGACCGAGGGAGAGCCAGCUAGAGCACCAUGCAGUGUGACCUUCCUCGGGGUGUGCUGUGAGCCCAUGUUCCCCCCACCCAACCUCUCUCCGUCUGAGUCUGAAUGUGACGGAGCUGUUGGGGGCAACACAAGGGGCCCACAUGCCAACUCUUGAGUUUCAGAUGGACCUGGAGGGAAGAGCCCUGACCUCAGGGCCCCAAUAAAGUUUGCUU